UAAUUUGUAAACCCUAAUUCCCAAAUACAAUUGGGGAAAAAUUGUUUAAUCGAGGGUUGAAUAUGACGCUAACCGGCAAAAACCUAAUAGAUACCAAAAAAGCAAUGAAUAGUGCGACUCACGACGGUGUACGCCCGUCACAAUUACCAACAAAUGGAGGAGCCGGUCACCGACGGCGAUGAUUACGCCCACCACCGUCAGAUUGUCCUCGCCGACGUUGUAGCCCCUAUUUCUCAUUCCAUUUCCAGUUCAUCUUCAAUCACCCCUAUGUCCACCACCUCCUCAGCGUUCUCCCCUAGCGACGGUUCGGCCAUUCAAAAGGUCCCGGGCUCCGACGGCCUUCGCUUCGAUACGGUGUCUCCAACAAAUAUGCAAGGCACCCCAAAGUUUACUCUGCCUAAAGAUUGGUCUGUUGAAAAGGUACCUCGUAAGGGUGGAGGCACUACUGACAAGUAUUACCGUGAUCCUGAAACUGGACGACAGUUUCGAUCCCUUAAAGAGGUUGAGAGAUACAUCACUGAAGGAAUUACACCUGCAAAAUUUAAGGCGAAGAGGCUAAACUCUCAUCAUCAUGAAAAGAAUUCAGACAGUCAAGAUACAAUUGUGGCCGGUGGAAAGAAUUCAGGCAGUCAAAAUAUGAUUGUGGUCAGCGGAAAGAAGUUAGAUUUGGAAGAGGAUAAAGAUAAUCAAUAUCAGCUGGUUAAUGUGUCUACCCCAAUCAUCUCGCCUACAUCCUCCUUUAAACUCCCUGAUGGUUGGGUUGUGGAGGAGGUACCUCGUAGAUCUGGAGGCUAUAUUGACAAGUAUUACUAUGAGCCUGGGACUGGACAAAGGUUCCGAUCGAUGGUAGCAGUUCAGAAGCACCUAGAAGAGCUGGAAGAAAAUUCACCAUUGUCAGUUGUACUAGAAGGAAUGAGAGAGAAUAUUUUGCCCCUUUCCAAGGCUUUCAAAUUAAGCAAUCGUAUAAAGGACCAUGGUUCUUACAAUUCAUGGAAAAAAAGCAUAUCUAGAAAGGAGAAGACCUCAUCAUUUGUCGAUCCUCCAAGCAAAAUCAAUUGGGUUAUUGCUGGUGCCGGAGGGGAUGCAUGGAAUGCUUUUGAGGAUGAUACAUUGGUUCCAGAUUCUGUGAAGCAACAGUGGGGAAAGACAUUUAUGAUGAGCAUCAACAAUAGCAAACAUAAUGCUCCAGUUUCUGGGUGACAAGGUUUGGUUCUCAAGCUGGGUCACUAUAUAUCCUGUAUGAUCUUUUGAAAUGGAUUCUCAUCUAUUGAGAGGGUUGUAUCUGCAAUUGAGAGGGUGGAGUUUGGGGCCAAUCUGGAGAUGAUGUUGUAUUUGUAAAGUGGUGUUAUAAGUAGUGAAAUGUUUGUUUGUAUGAUCUUUUAUGUGAACUUGAUGGCUGAAUUGGAUUUAGAUGCUAUAUGAUAGUUAGCCUGGCUGUUUGACUUUCAAAGUCAAAUCUGCAUAGUAAACAGUAAACUUGGACCUAUCUUUACU